AUGGGGGCAAAGCAGAGCAGCCCGCCCGCUAAUCCAGCCGCUAAUGGCCGGACCAGAGCUUACUCCGGCUCGGACCUGCCCUCCGCCACGGCCGACAGCAACGGCGGGAGCGUGCACCGGACCGCCGGCGGCGGCGCGAGGCUCCACGCGCCCGGCGCGUCCAGAGCCUCCACGUCCGGCAGCCAGCCGCUGGAGGCCAGGGCCCGGUCCGGGGGGGGGUCCGCGGGGGGCUCCGGGGCCAGACCCCCGGCCGGCAUCAACAUCCCCCACCGCGGCGGAGCCCACAGCUCCCCGGAGUCCGGUGGCAGCAGCCCGGAGGAGGCGGCGGGCGGAGGGCGCCCCGGCGGGGGGGGCGAGGCCCCCCGGCCGCUGAUAGGCUCCCUCCCAGCACACCUCUCGCCCCAUCUGUUCGGAGGGUUUAAGUGCCCCGUGUGCUCCAAGUAUGUGUCCUCAGAUGAGAUGGAUCUUCACCUGGUUUUGUGUCUGACCAAACCGAGGGUCACGUACAAUGAGGAUGUCCUGACCAAGGAUGCGGGAGAAUGUGCCAUCUGCCUGGAGGAGCUGCAGCAGGGGGACACCAUCGCCCGGCUGCCCUGCCUCUGCAUCUACCACAAGGGCUGCAUCGAUGAGUGGUUUGAGGUGAACAGAUCCUGUAACCCAUCCUUACAUGGAUCUGCUAAACUGGACUUGGAUCAGUGGAGACGGCUGGACACUCUGACCACUGUGACAUGUCCACUCCACGUCUCACCCCCCCUCCCAGAACUGAGUGCCACAGUCCGGGCUCUGCAGGAGGUGGGCUCUUUAGCUGGGUUCACAGCAGGAGGGGGGGCUUGUGGGCCGGCCUGGUGGCAGGUGACCGGCUCUGACCGCUCCAUCCCCGAGUGCCUUGUCGUAGUGAUGCCUGUGGGCAGCAGGACUGGACCCGGGCGGUCAGCACCGCCGGCCGCUGCUGCAGGAGCGUCUCACCAUAACUGCCAUUCACUCAGCCAGGAGGAACCAGCCGGGGGCCGUGGGACUGCCAACCAACUGUGA